AUGGAUGACUUGCAGAGACAACGCAUGCUGUAUUUCGCCACAGUGAUUUUGGACAUGCACCGCUACAUGUAUCUUCGGGACAUGAUGUACAUGACAGGCAGCCUUCCAGUCGUGGUUUUUAUGGUCGUUAAGGACUUCCUUUAUGACGUCUACCAUUUUGGGAUCUCCUCUUCUCCGGCCUUGCAAUCCGUAGUGCUCAUGGGCAUCCCCAAGUGGAAGCUCUUGCUGGGCACCAGUGAGGCCAGGGCGGCGACAUCACGAUGCUACGAGGCUCUCGUGUUCGUCAUCGGCGUUUGUGCUGAUUUUUUGGAGCUCCCCAAACGUGCCACGUGUGUUUUCACCUGGACCAUCGAUUGUGGAUAUCCCGAAAAGACAACUACCGCCAACUUCUGUUUCGCGGAGACCCGCGUUAAGCUCGUGAAUGUGCCCACAGAGUUCGGGUCCAGAUUCAGGGAUUGGGCCAUGAAGACGGCCCAGGAGCGAAAGCAAAACCUGUCCCUCCUGAAACGUACCGAGAAGUCUUCCUUUGACACCACCUUGGCCCGUGAUGCCGUCGAGAAGAGCAACGGUGAAUGGCGCUCGGUAUGGCAUGGUUUCCAGGAUCCUGGUCGUUUCAGCUUUUACCAGUUCAUGACGGUGCAGCUGGGGGGGAUCAUGUUCUGCCGAUACCGGGCCCGCAUCAUCAUCAAGAUUGCCAGCAGUUUGAUGCUCCUGGCCGCCGGCACCUUGAUCCGAUUGACACCGUCAAAGGAGGUUCUGAAUCGAGUCCAUGACCACACCAAGCCGCGCGAGUUGACCGAAUGGAUUGUUCCAGCCAGCAUGCUGUUCUGUGACAUCUGCGAGCUGAUUCUGGUUCAAUGUUUGCAAGAUGGGGACGUGGCAUCCAUGGACUACAAGCUGAAGCGAUUUGCCCGUCUCUUCAGCGACCCUGUUUUUGUGGGGAUGGUCAUGAGUUGCCAUGUUUGCUGCAACAGCGACUUGUACAUCACUUUCGCUGAGCUGAAAUUCGGUGCCUAG